CUUACCUGGUGCCGGGAUUACCGUGAUCAGCGAGGCGGUGUCUCCAGGGAGAGGCGCGGGCAUUGCACUGCGCUCGUGCUGACCCCUGCCACUACCCCAAACUGGGGCAGAUGGGGCAUGCAAUUUUUGGUAGUGGGGGACUGCGUUCGCGCUAUCCCCCUCCAUUACUAAAUCCAAAGAAAGAGUAAAAUCGUCACCUCUGUGCCAGUACAUGUUGUGUCGAUAGGUUCGGAAUGGAGUUCUGUGUGUGUGGUGGGCACAAGCGAAUGGGUUUUCAAAUGUGAGCGGGGAGCAAACGGAGAAGAGCUGGAAAGAAGCAGCAACGCUACCGAGAUCACGGAAGCAGCGGGGUAAAUUGUAGUGCUCAACAUGCUAGGACGGACGGAGCAGGAAAUACAGAAACACCAAAAGACUGCAGCAAAAUAGAGCACGUAAUAGUUAAUAAAAAAGGAACGUAUUCCGGUGGACUUCUAGAAGAUAAAAAAACAGCGCGUAGUUGGUGGAAUGGGGAAAUCGGGAAGGCCAUUGAAGAAGCCUGUGCAAGGCACCUGGAUAGCACAGACAUGCGAAAAAGGCACAAGAGCAAAAAAUAGAUGAAGAAUAGGACUUACACCGUCAGAAGAAGCGGGAAGUCCGCAACCUGAUCGAGCGGAAAAUUAGACAAACAUAAUCGCUGACUUCUUUCAGGAGCGUGUGGGACAACCUAAAGAACUUUGAAAUGUUUUCCGGAAUGACGCGAAAUAUCUAAGGAGAAAAUACAAUUGUACAGGUUUGUCGAUGAUCCCUGGUCGUGUCGACGCAAUGAAAUACAUUAACGGAAGCAUAGCAAAACCACUCGAAAGUAGUGAAAGUGCAGGCCUGGGGGCAUUGAUGCAUAAAAGAAACUGCUCCUGAACAACGUCAUCUAGGGAAAAAAAAAAAAAAAAUCAGCCCUUCCACCUUGUGAAGAAGGACGAGCAGGCAAGCUGUGACCAGACGACGCCGUGACGUUCAAGCACGGGAAACGUGAGAAUGGCGUCGAGGCCCUUCAAGGAACCAUAGAAAUCACCAACAACAGCAGCCGGGUGGUCAACUUUCGAUGGACGGCCACUGCCAACCGCGGAGGUCCUCGGUGGUGCUCCGCUCCAUCAGAGUCCGCAGCGAAGACUCGCAAGAAGUCGAGAGGCUUUGGAAGCGGACGCCCGCGGGGCUUGUUGCAGAAAAGAGGUGGAAGCUGCGGUUCGAGCAAGAUCAGCCGCUUAGCACAGCUCUAUCUACGAAGGCGCAUACAAGACAGGAUCGACAGUUCGGCGAAGCGCGCGCUGGCGUUGGCGACGCAAAAUGGGUCCCGUGGGCCGGCAAAACAAGCAAGUCAUGGUUGUCCGCAGCGACUCGGGUCGCGGAGCGCAGCAGCUGGCUUCUGCGCUCGCAGCUGCACUUGGCCGUCGUCGUGAUGGGUGCCGUUGUGCUGGCCGCCUAUUAUGUCCUGUGGCUGGCCAAGUCUAGGCAUGCACCGGAUGCGCCGGAAGCGGCACGUGCAUGGAAUAAAUUCCGUGCCAAAGCAAACGAGCCGCCGCUUCCGGCAGAGACUGAGGCCAUGAAGUGCGCCAGGAGUCUCCUACUGACGCAGCUACUGUUGACUGUCGCCGUCGUUACGGGUGCCUGCCUGGCGCUGUGGCUAGUCAAGUUGAAGCGAACGCCGGAUGUGCCAGAUGCGCCGAGUUUGACAGACAGAUGGGCCACGUUAACCGCCAAUGCAACCAAGUCUUGGCUGUCGGCAGCACCUCGGGCCGUGGAGCUCGUGCGGAGGCUUCCGCGCUCGCAGCUGCUGUUUGCCGCUGUAGUGAUGUGCGCCGUAAUGCCCACCGCCUACCACGCGCUGUGGCUAGUCAAGCCCAGGCACGCGCUGAAUGCACCCGACCGGACACAUACAUGGAUGAAGUACCGCUUCGAAGGAAGCAUGCCAUCGCUGCCGGCAGCGACUCGGGCCGCGGAGUGCAGCCGCUGGCGCUUUCUCUCGCAGCUGUUGUUCGCAGUCGUCGUCCUUUUUGGGGCCUGCCUCGUGCGGUGUGUAAUGAAGUCCAAACGAGAGCCGGAUGUGCCAGAUACGCCGAGUUCGACAGACAGUCAGGUCACCUGCGGUGCCGCAGAAAUCGAGCCGUGGCUGGUAGCAGCGACUCGGACCCCGAAGUACGCCGGCCUGCGUUCACAGCUGCUGCGGGCUGCGAAUUUGUCCGCACGGUGGCUCCACGGUUCCGAGAUGCUGCGGGCCGUCGUCGUGAUGACCCCGGUCGUGCUGACCGUCUGCUACGUGUUGUGGCUAUUCAAGUAUAGACACGCGCCGUACUGGACAGACUGCGCCACCAUCGGGAACGAGAAGUACUGCUUUUGAGCGGGACCGCGCUGUGUUCGACAGUACGGGAGUGAAACGCUCUUUAAAAUGCGCCGACCCUCUUCCCGGGCCUACCGGCGGCGACUUGGCGACCUUCUGCCGUUCCGAGCACGAAGGGUCGGAUUCGAUUGGCUGCCGCACUGCGACGGAGGCGAGAAGAAAAAACGCAAAAAAAAAAAACAAUGUUCGUCAUGUGUUUAGAAUUGCGCAAGUUUUUAGGUAUUAGUUUUGGCGCUGAAUAGUUUCGUGCGGCCAAAAUUAUUCGUGAGCAACUCCACUACGGUGUUGCUUGAACGCAGGCAUUGCGUUGCAACAUUAAAAUUAAUAAAUCCUCUCAA